AUGAGAGCUAUGGCGAAAACUUUAGGUGUCCAAAAAGAUCGACUGAGUGCCCAUUUUGAGGCUUGGGACAUCUAUUUUCAAAGGCCGUGUGCGCCUUUUUUGGGCAACAACAAUUUUGACCACGACUCCUAUCCAAUUGCCAUGGAUUAUCACAGAUCUUAUACUAAACAGCUUUCAUCUAGUAUCGAGUCAUUCACUGAGCAUCAGUGA